UCAGUAGCGCGCGAUCCGCCGCGGCCGGCCGCCGUACGCGCGCGCAACGAACGAACGACCCGCGCUUCCCGCGCACACGAUACUCCACGCGAUACUUCGCGACAUACGACCCACGAUCCGCCCCAGCCAGACAGCGCCAACCCCUGCACGACAACCCUGUAAUAUCGAUCUCAGUGGUGCAUCGACGGAUCGACCUCACGUAGUUAAUACCUACUGCACUUUUGCGAGGGCGGAUUAUAACGAACAAAUCGACUAACAAACUCGAACCGCACGAAGGUGUCGCGUCGCAAAAAGCGCAACACAAUAGAGUAAGCGUCUAAUUAUAACCGUGGUUGAGUUAGCACCGCAAGAUGCAGAACAUUGAUCCUCUGGAGAUCGCCAACAUCCUCGCCACGGAGCUGUGGUGCCAGCAGUUGGCAAACCUUGAGGGCCUCCAGUCGGGGGUCCCAACCCGCACCACGGCGACCAUCACGCCCACCCAGCUGCGGAACUUCGAGCAGACAUACAUCGAGCUGACGAACUGCCGCAGCGAGCCAACCACUCACGCCGGCUUCGUACCGCCUUCAGUCACGCACGCCAACAACUACGGCAUCCUGAAUCAGGUGGGGUAUAGCGAUUUGGGCCCGACGACGGCGCUGCACGUGUCGCCGGGCCCACUCUCCGCCAGCGGCGACAGCAGCAGCAGCCCUGGUUUGCCCACGCCCAAACGACGCAACAUGGGCGGCAGAAGACCUACCAAAACCCCCACUGACCUAUCACCAGAAGAGGAAGAACGUAGGAAGAUUAGGAGAGAAAGGAAUAAGAUGGCCGCCGCUCGCUGCCGUAAACGCAGACUCGAUCACACGAACGAGCUGCAAGACGAAACUGAUAAGCUUGAGGAGAAGAAACAGUCACUUCAGGAGGAGAUUCGCAAGUUGAACCACGACCGGGAAAAGUUAGAAGCCAUCCUGCAGAGCCACGUGCUGGUUUGUCCCCUGGGCAAGAGGUCUACAAGCCCGCCCGACGUGAAGCCCUUCCAGGAGUACUCGUACCCCGAACUGCCGGAGGACGGCGUCAGAGUCAAGGUCGAGGUCGUGGAGCCCGUCGUCGACCCCGUGCUAGGGUUGGAUAAUAUUUUUACUUCGCCGGCGAACGAUAAGAAAAUAAUGCUGUCGGCGGCCAACCCAGCCGUGGUGACGAGUGCUGCGCACGCGACGCUGGACACGCCCCCCGUACUCUCCCGCCCCAACAGACCCAACUCCCUCCAAGUUCCACUUAGCCUCACACCAGCACAGAUGCACAAUAACAAAGCACUAGGCAACAACAACAAAAUAGCGGGCAUAGAGAUAAGCACGCCCAGCAACGGCAUCCCGUUCAACUUCGACAGCCUGAUGGAGGGCGGCACGGGGCUGACGCCGGUGCACCCGCACCCGUGCGCCAGCCACGCGCGCGCCGCGCCGCUGCCCGCCGAGCCCGACACGCACGCCAGCCUCGUCAGCCUCUAGUGACGUCACGCGGUGAGCCCCACCACCACCACCACAGCGGGACACAGUCCGCGCCACGAAGACUACGCCACUAUUUAUUCAUGACUCUCGGCCGCGCCGAACCCUCUCGUCUUCAAACCUUCUCUACUCUACCGUUCGGUCUACUCAGAGGCGAUCGAAUCUUUCUGAUUCUCUUUAUUUAUUGAGAGCUAUAUUUAAGUGACAUACUUGCUCAUUUGUGCUUUGUAUUUAUAUCGUAGUCUUGUAAUGUUAGUGACGGCCUAGCGUCGCCGGCCUACUGAAGUCAAUUUACGAGCUGUUUUAUAAACAUUCUAAAGAAAUGAAUAUUUUUAUAAAUAGAUGUGUAUUUCCGCAGAAAUAAUAAUUGUGAUCGAAAAAAUAAAACAGAGUUUUAUUUGAAGCAUUUCAGGGAUUUAUUUCGUGUUGUGCUUUAUGUCUAGCGAGGCUAGAAUACUCGGUGCGUUUUGUAUUGUAAGGUUAAUUGUAAAAGAUCUCUUUUACACUGUUCACUUGGAAAUAUUUCGGCACAAAAUGUAUUUAUUGAACGAUCCUCAAAGUAUCUUGUCAUAAUAAACCUCGUGCCAUUAACUACGUCUACUCUCAGGAAUACAAUAAUUACGAGUACGAAAUAUUUAGUUAA